CACCCCGGGGCGGCGGCGGCGGGAGGCUCCGGGGCGGCGGCAUGAAGGGAGGCGCCGCAGAUUGCUGGAGGUCUGAUCUGUGCAGCACCAUGGACUCAUCAGAAGAGACUGGAGGCUCCUCUGCAGAAGAAAACUACUUUGUGAACUACACCUUCACCGACCGCUCCCACUCAGGCCGCGUGGCCCAGGGUAUUAUGAAAUUAUGCUUGGAGGAUGAGCUCUUUGCUGAUGUUACAAUAUCAGUGGAAGGCAAAGAAUUCCAGCUGCACCGUUUGGUCCUCUCAGCUCAGAGUUGCUUUUUUCGUUCUAUGUUCACUUCCAACCUAAAGGAGGCCCACAACCGGGUGAUUGAGCUGCAGGACGUUAGCGAGAGCGUCUUUCAGCUCCUUGUGGACUAUAUUUACCAUGGGACUGUAAAGCUGAGGGCAGAGGAGUUGCAGGAAACGUAUGAAGUGGCAGACAUGUACCAGCUGACUGCCCUUUUUGAAGAGUGCUCCCGUUUUCUGGCCCGUACGGUGCAGGUUAGGAACUGUCUGCAGGUCAUGUGGUUGGCAGAUCAACACAGUGACAUGGAGCUCUACACAGCUGCCAAACACUGUGCAAAGUCACAUUUGUCUCAACUGCAAGACACAGAGGAGUUCCUGCACCUGCCUCUCCGCCUGCUGACAGACAUCCUUACAGAUGGCGUUCCAUGUUCUCAGAAUCCAACAGUUGCCAUAGAAACCUGGAUCAACUUCAACAAGGAGGAGCGAGCGGGCUUUUCAGAGACGCUGCGAUCGAGUCUGAAGGUGAUUGGAGAAAAUGUUCACAUCUACCUGAUUGGAAAGGAGUCGUCACGUACACAUUCACUCGCUGUCUCUCUGCAUUGCGCUGAUGAUGACUCCAUAAGUGUGAGUGGCCAGAACAGCCUGUGUCACCAGAUCACCGCAGCCUGCAAGCACGGUAGUGACCUCUAUGUCGUUGGUGGCUCCAUUCCACGACGCAUGUGGAAAUGCAACAAUGCGACUAUAGACUGGGAAUGGUGUGCCCCUCUGCCCCGUGACCGGCUCCAACACACCCUUGUCUCUGUGCCAAGCAAGGAUGCAAUAUAUUCUGGGGGGAAAACUCUACAGGACACUCUCUCUAAUGCCGUCAUAUAUUACAGAGUACGAGACAAUGUCUGGACAGAGACCAGCCAGUUGGAAGUGGCAGUCUCUGGGGCUGCAGGUGUAAACCUUAAUGGUGUCAUUUACCUGCUGGGCGGGGAGGAAAAUGACUUGGACUUCUUCACCAAGCCCUCUCGGCUAAUUCAGUGCUAUGAUACCAACACAGAGAAAUGCCACGUGAAGCCAUACGUACUGCCUUUUGCGGGGCGCAUGCAUGCUGCUGUACACAAGGAUGUGGUGUUCAUUGUAGCUGAGGGGGAUUCACUGCUAUGCUAUAAUCCCCUACUGGAUAGCUUCACCCGGCUAUGCCUGCCAGAUGCCUGGAGCUCAGUACCAUCCCUCUGGAAAAUUGCCAGCUGCAAUGGCAGCAUCUAUGUCUUUCGUGACCGCUAUAAAAAGGGUGAUGCAAAUACUUUUAAACUUAACCCAGCCACCUCUGUUGUAACAGUCACAAGUGGCAUCAAAGUGCUGCUCACUAACCUGCAGUUUGUCCUGGCCUAAGCGGGAGAAACAGGCCGUCACAGAAAGGGCAGCAAUGGUGGUCUGCUGUGCAGCUCAGAGGCACUCACCACCCUCAGCACCAGUCCCGAUUACUACGAGCUCACAACAUCCAGUAAAGAUCCCAUCCUCUAUACCUGUGCAGAGGAAGUACAGGCUUUCUGGCUGUGGGCCUAUUCUUUUACAUAGCACUAUUAAAGUUGAACUGCUGCAUCUUAGAUUUCAGAUGAAGUAAAUGCUAUUACUUUGAUCACUUGAUGAUAAGCUGCUUGUGUUUGAGGCCCAAACUGCAGCAGAUGGCUUUUUUAGCCUGGAACCAAUCCGCCAGUAACAAAUCCUAUGGCAUAUGGACAACGUCCUCCUUUGCCCAGGCUGCUAGCUUUAACUGCCUGGGAGACUGUGUGUUGCUGCCAUGUCAGUCACAGAGUUAGAUGUGCACUGUGUCCUCCAGGGAUGUCCCCAUUUAAACAUUCCUAUGUCCCUAUUGCAGAAGGAGGGACUGGCAGAAAUACUUACAGCAGACAGAUUCCAGAGCUGACCCGAAGACCUUUAGUAGGUUGCAUUAUUCAGCACUUCUCCUAGAGGAGUGGUAACAAACUGGAAACUUGCUUACUGCUGUCAUCACCUAGCAUAAAGAGGGAGAUCGUUUUUAUGAGCAUUGGCUUCCUUUACUGUACAGGGAAUCCCCACCUGUAAUCAUAACAUAGUGUUGGUAAAAGGUGGAAUUAAGACCACUUCCUCCUACCCCUCUCUGUUGGCACUGUAACCCUUUGGGUAAGAAUCUGAAUAAAGUCUCUGCUGAGACAAAGUUUUCUGUUCCUUUGCUGCAAAUAUUACAGAACUUCCUGUAGAUUGCAGUUUGGCUCAGCACUGAUAUUGUGUGUGGGAGAGAACAACUAUGGGGCUCCAAGAGAACUAAGAUAUUAGCCAUAAGGAGAGAAAGCUUUAAUGAAACAGCCCAACCUCCCCUUUACUGUAAUUUAUGUAAAAACUUCUUUAUUGAUGGU